AAGAAAAUUUUUUUUCCCGAAAUUGCCCUUUUUAUAUGUCCGGCAUUCUCCCCACAAUUCGACGCCCGCUGUAACAUUUUCUAUUCAAGUCCUCGUCUCCUCCGCUGCUCUGCCACUGCUGUCACCAAAUUUUACCUUCUCUGGCCUGCUGAACUGUCCGUGUCCAUCACCGGUCCAAGUCUCAAGCUAUGAUUUGGAGACCGUAGAGUAUGCUUUCUGCCAGCAUCCUAUCCUUACGUUUCUAGAUCUGGAAUAAAAAGAAGAAGAAAGGAAAGAGAAAAAUGAGCAGUAGCGAUAGUAGCAGCACGAGACCGGUGCCAAGGAGAGAGAGUCCAUGGGGCAUGCCAGAGGGGGAUCAUCGUCAACCCAAGGCACACAGGUGCAAUGACCGUGCUGAGGAUGUCAUCCAGGCUUGUUUUGAAGGAAACCCAUUUAAGACAGUCCCAGGUCCUUUCAAGUUAUUCUGGCGAUGCAUGCGGUCUAAGCCUGGGGAGGAGCCAACAGAACCAUUCUCCUAUUUGGAGUUGGAUCCUCCAAAGAGAGAAGUGAAGCUCGAGUAAAGCCUUCGGCAGAGCCAUUAUGGUAUGUUAUUUAAGAAUUUCUAUAUCAGGGAUCCAGGAUCAUAAUUGCAUGCUUGGGUUUUUUAUUUUUAUUUUUUUUGCCCUUUUUACCAUAAGACUGUUCUUCCUAAGUUAUGAUGUAUUUUUGUAAACAAGUGUGCUUUCCAUAGAAUGUUUGGGAACAAAAGUAUGUCACAAGUUCCCUAAAUUGUCAAGAAAUAGACCAUCAUUAAAAAGGGCAUGUCUUAUUCACAUUUGUGUUGUAAUCGGCACUUGAAAAGAACAGCAUGAAGUUCAAUGCCCUAGAAUAAAGCUCUUGCCUGAUUAACUGA